AUGAGACCCUUUACACCUACGACCAGGAAUUUCUCUGGUCCAGCCCCAAGGAGCUCCACGCCUGUCCGCUCCAUCCUCAAACCUGCAUCUAUCUUGGGGAGGAGAAAGGCCGAGUAUGCUGGACUGAGCGACCCCGUCGACGCACCCGAGAGCCCCACGAAACGCCGCAAAAUCUUGAUAGACGAAACCCGAAACGUGACGUACGAAGUCGGACGACGGACCAUGGAUGAGGUGAAGCUCGAAGUCAGGACUGCCCUUGAAGAGCACCUGAGAGGAAACGACAGCCAAUACGACACAUUGAAGGAACUCUUCGCUAGCGACAAGCAGCGGUACCUACCACCCGUCGUUGGAGAGGAAGAUGAUACCCUGAAGCCCCACGAACUCCAGGUUUACGUGGUGGCUCUUACUGGAUGUAUUCCCAUUCUCAAAAACAGAGUCUGUAAUGGUCUCGUCCAUACUGUUCUGAAUUGCUCCUGGCUGGGACGAGACGAUGCCUUCGUGAAAGUGUUUACUCAUUUCCUGGCGGCCUUGGUCAGCGCCCAGGGUUCGUACCUGUCACCAGUUCUGAUGAUGAUGGUGGGGAAAUUCUGCGACAGUCGACCUUCAGUAUGGAGUGUCCCAGAUUUCCCUGAGGUCAGCCGCGAGACCAUGCGCAAUCGACUGCACAGCACCCUACAGUACUUGCUUCAGAUGUUUCCUUCCGCAAUUUCAGUGCUCGAGGAACUCCUCGUGAGCAAGUUGCCUUUUCACAACGAGUCCAUGCGUGUUCACAUGGCGUAUGUCGACAACCUUCUUCGUAUCAAGGACUAUGUGCCCGACUCGCGUGACGAAGUUUUUGAUAUUAUCCUGAAACGAGUUGUCCAGAUCGACUCUCAGAUGCAAACCGAUCUGGAAGAUCUGGACGAUGAUGUAACUGCUGCCGUCAUGUACGCGCUACGCGAACAUUCAGAAGGAGAUGCGUGGGAGAAUGACGACGAUUCCGACGACGAGAGCGAUGCGGAAUCGGUCCAUAGUGACGACCCCGAUUUCGACGAGAAUGUCGCCAGAAUCAGGUCGAUCAAGGGAAGCGUUGAAAAGAUGGAUGCCAUGAUGGAUACACUGUUCAGCGUCUACACUCCUCAUUUUACCAACCCUGGGUCGGACACCGCGUUCGACAUGUUUACUGUCCUAUUGCGCGAGUUUGAACAGCUGGUGCUGCCCACAUACAAGUCUCGACACACGCAGUUCCUCAUUUUUCAUUUUGCUCAGAUGCAUGAGCGCCUCACAGACGCAUUCUGCGGCCAGCUCAUUGCCACUGCGUUCCAGGGAAACACGCCCAACGUCCUGAAGCAAUCUGCCGCAGCAUAUCUCGCCAGUUUCGUGGCUCGUGGCGCUCAUCUACCAAGCGGCCUGAUCCGAAGUAUCUUUGGGCUUCUUUUACAUCACUUGGACCAGUACCGCAAGAAAUACGAACCCUUAUGUCGGGGCCCAGACCUGAUGCGAUUCACGCCAUACUAUAGCCUCGUUCAGGCCACACUCUACAUAUUCUGCUUCCGCUGGCAGGACUUGAUCGUAUCGACUCCGGAGUUCGUGGACCCCGAGGAUCCGGCUUCAUACAUUGGUCAGGAGAUGGAGUGGAUGGGAACAUGCAGAAAAGAUCUUUCCGUGCAGAUCUUUAGCAAACUCAACCCCCUCAAGGUCUGCGCGCCCGUAAUCGUCGAGGAAUUCGCCAAGAUCUCGCAUCGUCUCAAUUUUAUGUACGUCUAUCCGCUGGUGGAGAGCAACAAACGCGUUCGCUUGACGCAAUAUCUCACGGCCACCUACUCGACAGGAGGAGCCCUUCGAGAUGCUGGUUAUGAGACGCAAGAUGAGAGCUUCCAUCAGUUAGACCCCUAUUUCCCAUUCGACCCUUAUCAGCUGCCAGUUAGUAAAAGGUGGCUCGAGAACGACUACGUGCAUUGGAAGGCGGUGCAAGGGCUAAACGCCGAGGACGAGGACGACAGCGAAGAUGAUAUUGAUGACGACCUUGAUGAGGACGAGAUUGAGGAGGGCACAGCGACGGAUAGCGAUGGUGAAGAUUAUGAAUAG